AGAAGAAGGACAAAAACAAAAAUGGCCGCCUCCAUAGAUACCUCACACGCUGCAGCUUUAGAGAAGGCGUGCUAUAUUUUUCGCUAGGCCGAACGAAUAAAAGAUCAUUAUUCGUCAUUUUGAAAGUUAUAUUAAAACAACGUGUACAGAGUGACUAGAUUUAUCUCUGGAGAGCAGGAUGGCUACGCCGGGGAAAGCCACGAAGAAGGAGAAAAAGAAACCGGUCCCGGUGAAAACGUCCCUCAACAACCCGUACGACUUAAAGUGGAAGCCGUUAGAGAAGGGUCACGCGCGAUUCAUCCUGAAAACGGUGACGGAGAAACUCGGCUCGCUCGAUCUGCGGAAGCAGCACGUUAAAGUUUUUCGCAAGUGGGGAAAUAAACGGAAGGCUAAGAAAGUAAAGUCUGAUUCGGCGGACACCGUUGAACCGACUCAGGAAUCACGGAAUCGAGGCGGCUCUGAUUCAGUGGACAACGCUGAACCGACUCAGGAAUCACAGAAUCGAGGCUGGACCGAUAAGCGCCUAAGGGACGAGCUCGCCAUCGGCAUCAACGAGGUCACUAAAGGCCUGGAGAAGAACGAGCUCGGCCUGGUGCUGGUGUGUGACUCGGUGAAACCCCCACACAUGACGAACCAUCUCAUCUCGCUGAGUCAAACCCGCUCGGUUCCCGCGUGCCAGGUCCCGGGUCUGAGCGCGAGUCUCGCGGGAUCGCUCGGUCUCACCAGCGUGCUCGCGCUUGGGUUCAAACGCCAAAGCAGCGCGUUCGCGGAUACGAUCACAGUCCUUACGACCAAGGUGCCGCCGCUGGACGUGGCUUGGGUGCCUAUAGGGACACGGGCGUCUAAACCGGAAAGCGAGCAGCACCAGCAGUUUGAAGAAAAGGAACCGGAGAGAGGGAGAAAAAGAAAACUGGAGGAUUCCCCUGAGGUUAAGAAGGACCAGGCCACUUUACUGCAACCUCUUAAAGUAAAGAAAAUCGUCCCAAAUCCUUCAAAAAUCCGGAAACCGAAGAUAAAGAAAGCAAAGAAGUGACCAUAAGCCACCUAACAUGAACAUUUUUCAACUCACGGACAAUUGAUGCCCCUCUUUAGACCCAUGGAAUAAUGGCACUUAUUCCAUUUAGACAUUUUCAUGAUGCAUGACGUCACUAUAUUUAUUUUGCGGCAAUGAAAUAGUGAAGCUGUCUGAGUUUUCAGAAAUGAGUUAAAUGUCAGAAAUGAGUGUGUACAAAAAUCCAUUUUUUUUAUAGCAGCCAAUAGAGAAUAGAGAACAUAGAAUAUGAACAGUGAUAACCUGAUACACAAUCCUGUACAGUGCAUCUCAUUAUGAUUUACUGAAUAUAUAAUCACACAAAGAAAUGAUGUCCCUGUUUUUUGAGACCGAGUGAACGAGAGUUGUUACAGGUUCAGAUCAUUUUUUAUUUUAUUCAAAUAUCCAUGCUGGUAUUCAUUGAUGUAUCUUUAAUAAUAAUCAGAUAUUUGGGUGGCCACCGUGUUUUGACAUGGUGCUGGUACAGUUUUUCUUUUCUUUUUUUCCCCCCAUUUUCUUUUAAGUUCAUUUGAAGUUCACACAACCUGCAAUGGAGUUUAAUAAAAAUCUUCAGAGAAA